AUGUCCAGCGGCACCGAGCAGCGCAAGAUUUACAUCAACAAGCCCCAGCCGGACCAUCUGGCUGCGCGCGGGCAUCGGUUCAAGGCGUUUGAUUUGCAUCGCAUGAAGGCGGAGAACGUGGUUUUUGACGCGCCAUUUUGGAUGGAUGUUGAGACUAAGCCGGACAGUCUUGAUGCGUGGAUGAUUUGGCCACCGGGAUCUUAA